UUUUAAAAAUUUAAAUUUGCUUUUGACAAUAAACAAAUCAAAUUGAAUUUGAUGAAUUGGCGCGUGUACAGGCUCUGUGAAGCAGAGUCAUCGACGCCCAUAAAUAUAGCAGAAAAGAAUUAAAAUAAUUAUUAGCAGAAGUAGCUGACAAAGAUUUGCAUAGCUACAAUUGCCUUGAUCUUUCAUCCUAAUUUAGUUAUUUUGUAUUAACUCUGAAAUUAAUAUCAAUGGGUUGCAUCCCUUCAACAGAAGCUGAACCUGAUUUGGAAAAUUUCAGAGGUCUAGCUGCUCAAACAGUUUUUUCUAUCAAUGAAGUAGAGGCCUUGUAUGAUCUGUACACCAAAAUGAGUAAUUCCAUAGUUAAAGAUGGGUUUAUAAACAAGGAAGAAUUCCAGUUUGCUCUUUUCAGAAACAACAAGAAGACAAACCUUUUUGCAGACAGAAUAUUUGAUCUUUUUGAUAUCAACCAUAAUGGACGGAUUGACUUUGGAGAAUUUGUCCACUCGUUGAGUGUCUUUCACCCCAAAACUCCUGAAGCAGUCAAAAUGAAAUAUGCAUUCAAGCUCUAUGAUCUUAGGCAUACCGGUUACAUUGAGCGAGAAGAGUUGAAGGAGAUGGUACUUGCACUUCUCAAUGAAUCUGAUCUCGUUUUAUCUGAUGAUGUCAUUGAAUCAAUAGUGGACAGGACAUUCACGGAGGCAGAUAGAAACGGAGAUGGUAGGAUUGAUCAAGAAGAGUGGGAAGAAUAUGUGGCAAGGAAUCCAUCACUCCUAAAGAACAUGACGCUUCCUUAUUUAAUGGACAUAACACUAGCAUUCCCCAGCUUCAUCCUGAAUUCUGAAAACUGAAGCUAUAGAAUCACAGUUUGUGGAUGAGUUUUCCUAUCUGGCUGUUCGCUUCAGUAUCAGGUCUGUUUGUUUUUAUCUCCAUGGUGGGCAGCAUGCCAAAUAUAUAAAACACUGAACGUGAGCAAAGGGCAUGCACGACGAUGCCAUUUCACAGACAACCCGAAGAAGAUAGAAUGCAUGUACCAGCGAGUCAAAAUGUGAUAAAUCUUUUGAAGCAGGGAAUAUGCUGUGGAAUAUGCAAAUAGUAGUAAAGUUCUGUUCACCUAAUUCUUUUUCUCAAUUUGCGCUCAAACCCAACAAAUGAAUUUGGCAAUGUUCUGUAUCUAUGUAUUUUCAAGCAAUAGAAGUCAAGAAUUAACAAAAAAGAAAAAGAUGUUUCUGAUUGCUAGUUCUAAGCAACUUCUUGUAUGCAAAUAAAAUGAACACUCUUGAAAUUGUUAAAACGGUCUUAGUUUGUAUGUCGUUUGUCAACUGGUUGUUUGUUAUUUUAAA